AUGACUAAUAAUCAAGCUGGUUUAGAGAUUAAUAAAUCUUCAACUACAUCUUCACAACAAUUUGAAGAUGUUGAUAUUGAAAAAACAAAUUUACAACAACAAACUGCUUCACAUGAAUUGAAAACUGAAUCUGAAAAAAAACUACAAACUGAUCAAUUAGCACAAGAAUUAGGAAUCAAUGAACGGAAAUUAACUUGGAAAUUAGAUGUUUGUAUUGUUCCACCUUUUGUUUUACUAUAUUUCCUUGCAUUUUUGGAUAGAAUAAAUAUAUCAAAUGCAAAAGUUUAUGGUAUGGCUGAAGAUUUAAACCUAAAGGGCAAUGAAUUUAACGUUGCAUUAACCAUUUUCUUUGUUCCAUAUGUUUUUUUUGAAAUCAUUUCAAAUCAUUUAAUGAAGAAAAUUUCACCUCAUAUUUGGUUAUCUGGUUGUAUUUUAUUAUUUGGUAUUGUUACAUUAGCUAUGGGAUUUGUCAAGAAUUAUUCAGGUUUAUUAGCAUGUCGAUUUUUCCUUGGUGUUUUUGAAAGUGCAACUUUCCCAGGUAUUUUCUAUAUUUUGAGUACUUAUUAUACAGGAGCAGAAUCACAGAAACGAUUUAGUUCUUUUUUCAGUUGUACAUGUCUUGCAGGUGCGGCUGGUGGUGCUAUCGCCUUCAAAAUCCAUGAUCUAGAUGGAACUCAUGGUUAUGGUUCAUGGCAAUGGAUCUUUAUCAUUGAAGGAACAUUUACUGCUGGAUUAGCAUUUUUAUUAUUCUUUAUUAUUCCUGAUUUCCCAGAAAAUGCAAGAUUUUUAAAUGCAAAUGAACGUGAAUUUGUUAAAAGAAAAUUAGAAAUUCAUUCAGUUUCAUCAGGUUUAGAAAUUAAAUAUAGUUUUAAAGAUUCAUUAAAAUCUUUUAAAGAUCCAUUAUAUGCCCUUACAGCAUUAGCUUAUUUUGGUUUAAUCAUUCCUUCAUAUGGUUAUGCAUAUUUUUCUCCAACAAUCAUUAAAGAAAUGGGUUAUACUGCACAAAAUGCAAACCAACACUCAGUUUAUCCAUGGUUAGCUGCUUUUGGUUAUACAAAUAUAAUUGCAGUGAUUUCAGAUUUAACAAAAUUAAGAUCUCCAUUUGCUAUAUCAUCAGCAUUAAUUGCCAUUGUGGGACUUUCAUUAGUUUUAGGACUUGUUGAUAAUGCAAAUGGUCGUUAUGCUGGUUGUUUCCUUGUUGCAACUGGAUUAUAUUCUUCAAUGCCUUCAUUAGUUUGUUGGACUGCAUUGAAUUUUGGUGGUCAUAUGAGAAAAUCUUUAGGUACAGCUAAUCAAGUUGGAUUUGGUAAUAUUGGUGGUAUUGUAUCAACUUUCAUCUUUUUGGCUGUUGAUGCUCCUCGUUAUGUUAAAGGUUUAAGUAUUGGUAUUGCUUUUACUGUUUUCAGUAUCUUGAUGAUGUUGAUUAUGAUUGGGAUUUAUCAAAGACGUAAUAGUAUUAAGAAGAGUGAUGGUUAUAGAAGUGAAUAUUUUAAACAAAGUGAUAGAGAUAUUGUGUUGGGUGGUGAUAAACAUCCGGCUUUUAAAUAUUUAUAUUAA